AUGAUCGAAGGUGUCGAUGGACAGUAUUAUCUCAAAGCUGGUGCCAUUCCACUUCCAGGUUUUUGGCGUCUAGAAGAUAAAUUCAAUAUGCCACUCGCCGAAAUUCAUACGUCUGGCAAUGUAGCACAAUUUCGAGAAAAGUUACAGCAAGGUAUGGAACGAUUCUUUCAAAAAAUGAUGCCUGAGCAAGCAGUUGUUCGAUACAAUUAUUCAAUUCAAACAGACGGUGAACUGGCUUGGUCAAGUUCGAUCGGAUCUGAAGAUACAUUUGGCUUCGGACGAAAAGAUGCACGACCGAAUCCAUCUAUCGAAAACAUACAUUUCCGUAGUGAGAGGCAAGCGCUUCGACGAUUACCACGUAGCGGAGCCAUUCUUUUUACAAUUCGUACUUAUUUCCUGCCAAUCAUCGAUAUUGCUCAAGAACCUGGUGUUCCUGGGCGAUUGGCCUCAGCCUUACGAAGUUGGCCUGACGAAAUCGUCCGACACAAAGGAAGGAAGGCCUACGAAAACGUUCUUUUGAAAUAUCUUGACGAAAAGCAUGCAGAACAGUGUGCAAACGGCCUUGAAUUGAAUAAUUCAAAUACGUAUCCAUUCUAA